CUCCUGGAGCGGAGCCUCUAGCAGAGGGACAGGGACAGGGAGAGAGGGAGCUGCUCGACUGGAACGACAGAAACGGGACACAGAGUCACUCCCACAUUUGGAUUCAGAUUCCAAGCCGGGAGCCCUGGAAGUGACUAAUGGGAGCCCCUGAUGUUGAAUUCCUGCUGCCUACACCUGCCUACAUGACUGAUGAUGACAGCAUGACAUCUGGACAUUGGAAUGCUUCAGAAAGCUACCAGCUGAACCCAGCUAGCAUCAUCGUCCCCAUUGUAUUCUCUUUAAUCUUUCUACUCGGGACGGUAGGGAACAGCCUGGUGCUCGCUGUGUUGUUCAGAAAUGGCCAGAUGGGACACAACACAACCAACUUGUUCAUCCUCAACCUGAGCGUGGCCGAUUUCUUCUUCAUCAUAUUUUGCGUUCCGUUUCAAGCCACAAUCUACACCCUGGAAGGUUGGGUUUUUGGGUCAUUCAUGUGCAAGGCUGUUCAUUUCUUCAUUUACCUGGCGAUGUAUGCAAGCAGCUUCACCCUGGCUGCUGUUUCAGUUGACAGGUACCUGGCAAUUCGAUAUCCUCUCCGAUCGAGGGAGCUCCGCACUCCCUGCAAUGCCGUUACUGUCAUGGCGGUGAUCUGGGGACUUUCCAUCGUCUUCGCUGGGCCCUAUCUGAGCUACUAUGACCUCAUCCCCUACGAGUGGUUCUACAUCUGCAUGCCUGCAUGGGAGGAACCAAAAAGGAAAAUCAUGGAUACCUCCACUUUCAUAUUUGGAUAUAUAGUCCCAGUCGCGGUUAUAAGCCUGAGUUAUGCUAGGACCAUCAAGUAUCUCUGGACAACAGUGGACCCAAUAGAAAACAUAUCUGAAUCCAGGAAAUCCAAGAGAAAGGUCACCAAGAUGAUUAUCAUUGUGACUGUGUUGUUCUGUCUCUGUUGGCUCCCUCACCAUGUUCUCAUCCUGUGUUUCCACUAUGGCCACUUCCCCUUCAAUCAGGCCACCUACGCCCUCAGGCUGUUGUCUCACUGCAUGGCCUACACCAACUCCUGCCUCAACCCCAUCGUUUACGCCCUGGUCUCCAAACACUUCCGCAAAGGUUUCAAGAAGGUCUUCAGCUGCCUGCUGAGCAAGAAAGCAAUGAACAAGGUCCACGUGGUCCACAUUGUGAACAUGGUCACCGGCUCCACAGAGGUCACGCGCCUGAACGAGGAAGACGGGAGGCAGCGGGGCUGUGAGCUCACCAAUAGGCAACUCUCCAAGCAACCUGCUUCAGCAAUGACCAUCACAGUGCCGUACCAGCAGAAAUCUUGA